GAGUACAUGAUCCUGGCCACCAUCACAGCCAACUGCAUCGUGCUGGCCCUGGAGCAACACCUCCCUGGAGAAGACAAGACCCCCAUGGCCAAACGACUGGAGAAGACGGAGCCCUACUUUGUUGGGAUCUUCUGCUUGGAGGCGGGGAUCAAGCUGCUGGCCCUGGGGUUUGUGUUCCAUAAAGGCUCGUACCUGAGGAACGGCUGGAACGUCAUGGACUUCAUCGUGGUGCUCAGCGGCAUCCUAGCCACUGCGGGGGCUCAUAUGAACAUUCCAGUGGACCUGCGCACCCUGAGGGCAGUCAGAGUCCUGAGGCCUCUCAAACUGGUGUCUGGGAUCCCCAGCCUGCAGAUUGUUCUGAAGUCCAUCAUGAAGGCCAUGGUUCCUCUGCUCCAGAUCGGCCUGCUCCUCUUCUUCGCCAUCCUCAUGUUCGCCAUCAUCGGCCUGGAGUUCUACAGCGGCAAGCUGCACCACACCUGCCUGCCCGCUGCCGACAUCCUGGACAACGAGACGGUGGACACGUCCGAGGCGGAGUUUGCGUGCGGCGUGCGGAGGUGCCCUGACCAAUACGACUGCAACGGCAGCUGGAUCGGUCCCAACGACGGCAUCACCCAGUUCGACAACAUCCUGUUUGCCGUGCUCACUGUCUUCCAGUGCAUCACCAUGGAGGGCUGGACGGCCGUGCUCUACAACGCAAAUGAUGCUCUGGGAUCCAUGUUCAACUGGAUGUACUUCAUUCCCCUCAUCAUUAUCGGCUCAUUCUUCGUUCUCAACCUGGUUCUGGGAGUCCUCUCUGGGGAGUUUGCCAAAGAGAGGGAGAGGGUGGAGAACAGGCGGGCCUUCAUGAAGCUCAGACGUCAGCAGCAGGUGGAGAGAGAGCUGAAUGGGUACCGAGCCUGGAUAGACCGAGCAGAGGAGGUUAUGCUUGCUGAGGAGAACAAAAACUCUGGGAGGUCUGCCUUAGACGUGCUGAAGCGAGCCACCAGCAAGAAAAGCGCGACGCGUCGAGGUGGUCUUGGAGACGAGAAGCAUGCAGAGAUGUGUACCGCAGGAAUGUCUCGAACCAGGGUCAACUUCCGUAGCGGCAGGCGUGGCCCGGCAGCGUACAUGCGCCGUAAGGAGCGCAUGCUGCGCAUCUCCAUCCGCCGCAUGGUGAAGACAGACACCUUCUAUUGGACCGUGCUCAGCCUGGUGGCGCUAAACACCAUCUGCGUGGCCAUCGUCCACCACAACCAGCCGGACUGGCUCUCCAUCUUUCUCUACUAUGCAGAGUUUGUGUUCCUUGGGCUCUUCAUGGCAGAGAUGUUCCUGAAGAUGUACGGUCUGGGGUUCCGUCUGUACUUCCACUCCUCAUUCAACUGCUUUGACUGCGGGGUCAUCUUUGGCAGCAUCUUUGAGGUCGCCUGGGGCUUCAUCCGGCCUGGCAUGUCCUUUGGAAUCAGCGUUCUGAGAGCCCUACGACUCCUGAGGAUCUUCAAGAUCACCAAGUACUGGGCCUCCCUCAGGAACCUGGUGGUGUCUCUCAUGAGCUCCAUGAAGUCCAUCAUCAGCCUGCUCUUCCUCCUCUUCCUCUUCAUUGUGGUCUUUGCCCUGCUGGGCAUGCAGCUCUUCGGGGGCAGGUUCAUCUUUGAAGAUUACACUCCCACCAACUUUGACACGUUUCCAGCUGCCAUCAUGACAGUGUUUCAGAUUCUGACCGGUGAGGACUGGAAUGAGGUGAUGUACAAUGGGAUCAGGUCCCAGGGAGGCGUGCAGUACGGCAUGUGGUCGUCCAUCUACUUCAUAGUCCUCACUCUGUUUGGGAACUAUACAUUGCUGAAUGUGUUCUUGGCCAUUGCUGUGGACAAUCUUGCCAAUGCACAGGAACUGACCAAGGAUGAAGAGGAGGAAGAGGAGUUUUUAAACCACAGAUAUGCUCGGGGCAAAGCCUGUCCGAUGUCUGAGAGGAGGAGACGGCCCUACCUGUACAGGAAGCGAGCUAUCCACCGAGGGCGGCCCGCCUUCCCCGAAGACGAGGAGAGCGGUGGGGGAGGCGGAGACGAGGCCCCUCUCAACAGCACCAACGCCUUCUCCAACCGGCGUGAGAGGAGACGCAAGGUCAACAUGUCCGUGUGGGAGCAAAGAGCCAACCAGCUGCGCAAGCGCCGUCAGAUGGACAGCCAGGAGGUGCUGUUCAGCAGCCCCACGGAGGACACCGUCGAGACCCCCACCAGCACCCACCACGCCCCCACCCUCUCCCCGGACGCCAGCCCCGGACACCUGCCCGAGUCGCCCAUGUCGGUGGCCAUGCCCCUGCCGGAGCCCCCCAUGUCGGUGGCCAUCCCUCUGCCCGAGCCCCCGGACUCCGUCCCUCUCAUGACGCUGACCGAGGAGAGGGCGGGCGGGGUCAGCCACCGGCCCGCCGGCGGGGGCAGGCACAGGGUGGGGCGCAAGUUCCGCCCGGGCCCCGAGGAGGGGGCGAGAGUCCGGAGGCACCGCCACCGCGAGGCCAGGGCCGAGGCCAAGAGCAGAGAGUCUCCUCACGAGGGGGCCAGCCGCUCCGUCAGCAGGGAGAGGAAGGUUCCGGAGGAGAGGGAGGAGAAAGAGGAGAGAGAUCCCACUGAAGUGGAGGGGGGGGAAGCCCAGGAUGAGGGCGGAGUCUGUGCCAUGAACCCUUACGGAGAUAUGGCAGAAGAUCCUCACCGGGCGAGCAUCCCUGAUCCCCCUCUGAGCGAACGCCUCCCUGGGUCUCCGCCCGCGCUGCUGCUGGACUGUGUCCAGACGGAGCAGAGCGAGCUGGGGGAAGCCGGCCUGUACGAGCCCCAGGCCCAGAACCAGGAGCCAGCCUCGGAGCCAGCCUCGGAGCCAGCCUCGCAGCCAGCCUCGGAGCCAGCCUCGGAGCCAGCCUCGGAGCCAGCGGAGCCCAGUGGAGGCAGUGACUCGGAGAACAACCCUGCCUCCCUCAACAGAGAGGGGCCGGGCCCCGAGGGCCCCGAGGACAGCGUGGUGAUAGAGAUGUCUACCCAACCCCUCCUGGAGCUCAGCCACACGACAGUCAACAGCAAGGUGGAGCUGGAGGCCUUCCAGCCGUGCGGGCGGGGCAAGGACGAGGACGCAGCGCUGACGGAGGAGGAGGAGGAGGAGACAGCCCUCGCGCUCAAAGCCGUCCUCCCCGACAGCAUGUUCAUCUUCAAGUCCACCAACCCGAUCAGGCGUAUCUGUCACUACGUGGUGACCCUGCGCUACUUUGAGAUGACCAUCCUGCUGGUCAUUGUGGCCAGCAGCAUCGCCCUGGCUGCUGAGGACCCCGUCUGCACCAACUCUGAACGCAACAAAGUCCUCCGCUACUUCGAUUACGUCUUCACUGGAGUCUUCACCUUCGAAAUGAUCAUCAAGAUGAUAGACCAGGGCCUGAUUCUGCACGACGGCUCCUACUUCCGUGACCUGUGGAACAUUCUGGACUUCAUCGUGGUGGUGGGAGCGCUCAUCGCCUUUGCUCUGACGAAUGUGAUUGGGAAUAACAAAGGCAGGGACAUCAAGACCAUCAAGUCCCUCAGAGUGCUGCGGGUCCUCCGGCCUCUGAAGACCAUCAAGAGGCUCCCCAAACUUAAGGCUGUGUUUGACUGUGUGGUCACCUCCCUGAAGAACGUGCUGAACAUCCUCAUCGUCUACCAGCUGUUCAUGUUCAUCUUCGCUGUCAUCGCUGUGCAGCUCUUCAAGGGGAAGUUCUUCUACUGCAACGACGGCUCCAUGAACACCGAGAAGGAGUGCCAAGGAUACUACAUCGACUACAGCCGAGACAAGAAGGAGGUGAAGAGGAGGGAGUGGAAGAGACAUGAGUUCCACUAUGACAGCGUGUGCUGGGCCCUGCUCACGCUCUUCACCGUGUCCACUGGAGAAGGCUGGCCUCAGGUCCUGCAGCACUCGGUAGACGUGACGGAGGAGGAUCGGGGUCCGAGCCGGGGGAACAGGAUGGAGAUGUCGGUCUUCUACGUGGUGUACUUUGUGGUGUUCCCCUUCUUCUUCGUCAACAUCUUCGUGGCCCUCAUCAUCAUCACCUUCCAGGAGCAGGGGGACAAGAUGAUCCAGGAGUGCAGCCUGGAGAAGAACGAGAGGGCAUGCAUUGACUUUGCCAUCAGCGCCAAGCCCCUGACCCGCUACAUGCCGCAGAACCGGCAGACCUUCCAGUACCGGCUCUGGCACUUUGUGGUGUCGCCAUCCUUCGAGAACACCGUGCUGGUCAUGAUCGCCCUCAACACUGUGGUCCUCAUGAUGAAGUAUCACUCGGCCCCGGCGGCCUACGAUGCCGUCCUGAAACAUCUCAACACAGCCUUCACUGUGCUCUUCUCCCUGGAGUGCAUCCUGAAGAUCAUGGCUUUUGGAUUCGUUAACUACUUUCGAGACACCUGGAAUAUAUUUGACUUCAUCACGGUGCUGGGCAGCAUUACGGAGAUAGUUGUGGAUUUGCAGUCUGUCAACACGUUCAACAUGAGUUUCCUGAAGCUGUUCCGAGCAGCCAGGCUCAUCAAGCUGCUGAGGCAAGGCUACACCAUCCGCAUCCUUCUAUGGACCUUUGUGCAAUCCUUCAAGGCUCUCCCUUAUGUCUGCCUGCUCAUAGCCAUGCUCUUCUUCAUAUACGCCAUCAUUGGAAUGCAGGUGUUUGGAAACAUCAAGCUCAAUGACGAGAGCCACAUCAACCAACACAACAACUUCAAGACCUUCUCCGGUGCUCUGAUGCUGCUGUUUAGGAGUGCGACAGGGGAGUCUUGGCAGGAGAUCAUGUUGUCGUGUCUGGGGGGGCAGGAGUGCGAGCCAGACCCCUCCCUGGCCCCCCUCACCAUGUCUCCAGACCACGAGGGGGGCUGUGGCACUGAGUUUGCCUACUGUUACUUUGUCUCCUUCAUCUUCUUCAGCUCCUUCCUGAUGCUGAAUCUGUUUGUGGCUGUCAUCAUGGAUAACUUUGAGUACCUGACCAGAGACUCCUCCAUCCUUGGCCCUCAUCACCUGGAUGAGUUUGUCCGCAUCUGGGGAGAGUUUGACCGAGCUGCCUGUGGCCGUAUCCACUACACAGCCAUGUAUGAGAUGCUCACACACAUGUCCCCCCCACUGGGCCUGGGGAAGAAGUGUCCUGCCAAGGUGGCCUACAAGAGGCUGGUGUUGAUGAACAUGCCAGUGGACGAGGACAUGUCCGUCCACUUCACCUCCACGCUCAUGUCGCUCAUCCGCACUGCCCUGGAGAUCAAAAUCGCGAGAGGAGGGGAGGACCGCAUAGCCCUGGACACUGAGCUGCAGAAGGAGAUCAGUGUCAUCUGGCCAUAUCUGUCUCAGAAGACGCUGGACCUGCUGGUGCCCAUCAAUAAAGACACUGACAUGACCGUUGGGAAGAUAUAUGCCUCCAUGAUGAUCAUGGACUACUUCAAGCAAAACAAAGCCAAGAAGCUGAGACAGCAAGUGGAAGCGCAGAAAAGCAGUCUGAUGUUCAAAAGUCUGGAUGCCUCCACCCUCCCAGAGGACAUCCUGUCCAACACCCAGCCCCUGUCGCUCAUGCCCCACAGCGCUGGGUCGGCACUAACCAGGGGAGGCUUUGUGGCCCUGAGUCCCAUCUCCCCCCAGGAGCUACUCUGCAUGAAGCCUCUAACUCCAGACCUGGACACCAGCCAGGAGCUCUCGGGGAAGGAUAUGUCUGGGGGCUCUUUGAAGCGCUCCUUAUCGACCAUCGCUGACCAGCGGGUGAACGGCCUGUGGCAGGACGAGGAGAAGAGCAGCCCUGAGAGGCUGUACCGACCGCGCCACAAGAGCUACAAGGCUGCAGUCUCGCGCUCGGACCACUGGCAGCAGGGGGGCAGGGACAAGGAGCGCGGGCGCUCCAAGGAGCGCCGUCACCUCCUUUCCCCGGACGCGUCCCGCUGCAACUCGGAGGAAAGAAGUCAGCAGCCGUCCCUCUCUUCCAGCGUGGAGCGGACACACCCUCUGGACAAACAGGGCAACAGUUCAGACAGCCCGGUACCCUCCACGUCUGAGUCUAGCACCCCUAGUGGCCGGCGGCCUCUGUCCCAGACGCCCACGCGCUCCCACCCGCACGUCUCCUACUCCCCUCUGGUGUGUCGCACGCACCCCUCCAUGGGCCAAGACGAGCUCGGCAGCCCAGAGACCCAGAGGCGCGGGGAGCCGUCCUGGGGGCACGGAGACAGGGCCUCAGGGAAGGGACAGAGUGGGGCAGGCUUCCGGCGCUCUCCCCCUCGUCGCUAUCCAUCGGAGCCCUACUUGGCCAUGCAGGAGGACGACCACAGCCCCGACCCCUCCGGCCACAUGGAGACCCUCACCUUUGAGGCGGCCGUGGCCCACAGUUUGGGACGCGCCAACACCGUCAGCUCGGCCCACCCGCGCUCGCGGACCGGCUGGCAGGUCCCCAACGGACACUUCCGGAAACGGCUGGCACAAACGGUCUCUGUCACAGGCCCCCUCAGCGACACGGAGGAGGAUGACAGGUGCUAGGAAGAGGAGGGGGCAUGAAGAAGCUGCUAGGGACAAGCCUUCUACUGGGAUGCUGAGGAGGGACACUGUCAUUAUUAAUGCAAACAAAACUAUGGUUUUCACCCCUUGAAAGUGGAAUCAUAUUGAAAUUCACACAGUGAAGGACUAUUUAUUUGAUAACUACUCUGUAUAAAUAGUCAUAAUAAAAACCUUGAAUAGCCUUUGAUAUACAGUAAAAAAAAAUAUGAAAUGAAAGGAUAGAAAUGUGGUUCAUGUCAAUAGGAAUUGCCAUUUCUGAAGGUGUUUCUCUAACAUUGAUUCAGUGUUGCUCUUAACAGUGUGUGUGUGGAGUGUGUGAAUUUGUUACUAUGUGCAAAAUAAUGAGAAACAAUAACUUUUAAAGCCAUGGUUUUGUAAAUACAUGUGAUUUGUCAUACAAUUACCUGAAAGAUAUAUGUGGCCAUAUAGAAGGAGUUUCAUACCAGUUUAACUGGCAACAUAUAAAGGAUCUAUUAUGUUGGUUAACUGUUUAAUACUAUUUGUAAAGCUUGUUUGGAGCAGAAACCUGUUGGAAGAACAGUUCUGUGUGUUUCUGCCUCGGCCUGCCCCUUGGUUUUUGUCAUUUGUUGACAUUUAAUCACAAAGGGAAUUGGCCAAAGCAGGAACAGAUUUGCAAAAAUGCUGUGAAUACCGAAAUGUUUCAAAAACUGUCAGUUACUGACAUUUUUGUCAUCAGUUUGACAUAUUUCUUGUCCCUUUAGACUCUAUUGUCAGCAAUAAAUGGUUUCUAUGCUUGUUUUUCACCAAGCAGUCAAUCAAUCACCCCCGACACCUUCACAAAAUUACGUAAUUGGCUUCUAUAGCAGUAUGCAUCCUUCACAAAGAACCAAACUGUGAUUUUUCAGCUGGGCUACACCGGAACAAAUAACAGAAACUGGCUUAGGAGCAUUGUUGAUCAAGUGACAUGAGCAAGCACAUUUCUUUUUGUUCCUUGGACUUUUCUUGUUUCUGGUUUUAUUUUUGGCUAUUUCCCAAUGCCCAUUAGUUAUUAUCUUUAGAGAAUAUGGUACAGCUUAAUUACCAUUUUAUAUUCCGCAACAUUGCACAAUUAUUUCAUAAAGCAUAUUGUGCAAUGUAGAUGUAUGUUUUUUCCCUCCUUUUGAUUUAGCCUGUUUCAUUCUGGAUAAUUCCAUCUGCAAAUGUUUACCUUGCAUUUUCUUUCCACAAUGUGAAUAUACUGUAUGAAUUAAAACACACAGAGACUGUAGAAAGAUGUUUUAACACAACACAUUAAUUUACGUGUUGAGAUGGUUUACUAAUAAUGUACAGUACAAAUAUGCUAUAAGAUGUAGAGAAAACACACUUAAACUCACCUGCUUUAAAAGGAAUAGAGGGGUGUAUGGAAUGUUACUUAAAGGUUGUAAAUGUUUUAUUUGCCUGUAAAGGGUAAUUGUGAAACUCACUUAACCAAAAACACUAAUUGAAUCAAAUGUUCAUGGAAUGCAAAUAGU